CGCAAAUAAAAGGAGUGAGAUUAUCAAUUAUCAUGAGCUUGUGAAAGAAGGAAGGAAAUCGGAGUGAAGAGCAGAAAAAUUGGUUGAGGCGGACGUGACCAACAUGGGUUCCACAACUUGAGGUGAUCGAGGGUAGGCCCAACCCACCCCCACGCUCACCGUCCUUAUAUACGAUCGAAACACCUUUUCAAUUCCUCAGCCCCUUCCGAAUCAAUAAUCAUGGGAAGAAAGAGGAAAUCCGAAAACCCGAAUCCCAAAACCAAAAAGGAAAACCCGGCGGCUGAGGCUCCUUCGUCCCCUGUGACGUCGCCUCCUCCCCCGCCGUGGAUUGAACUGCCCGGAGAUGUGACGGCUAAUAUUCUGAAAAGGCUGGGCUCCAAAGAGAUACUCUGGAGCGCACAGAGAGUGUGUACUACUUGGUGGAAAGUUUGCCACUAUCCUUCCGUGUGGCGCGUGAUCGAUUUGGGCAGACCGGACGUGGCCCACAAGGACUUUCGCUUGGCUUGCCGACGAGCAGUUGAUCGUAGUCAGGGGCAGUUGGUCGACCUUACAAUCGAAUGCUUCGCCGACGAUGACCUGCUUAACUACAUCGCGGAUCGAUCAUGUAGUCUCAAACGACUGAAGCUUGAAUCUUGCACACAGGUGUCGGGAACUGUUUUAGCUGAAGCAUUAAAAAAGUUCCCUGAAUUGGAAGAGUGUCACCUGGUCAUUAUGCCAACAGUUCUUGCCAAAGAUGUCGAAGCUAUUGGCCGUUCGUGCCCAAAGUUGAUAUCAUUCACACACGAUGACUACGGGUACAGAUCUUGGGAAGCUUGCAACGUUCGCGCGGGACCCGACUGUAAUGACUAUGCUUUAGCAAUUGCUAAAAACAUGCCCAAUUUGCAGCAUCUUAGCCUCUUUGCACAUCACAUGACAAACGACGGGCUUGAAGCCAUUCUUCAGGGCUGUGCCCACCUAAAGUCGCUAGAUAUACGGCAAUGCUACUGUCUCAAAAUGACACAGGAUUUGGAAAAGAGAUGCCGUGAGAGGGUAAAGGAUUUGAGACUCCCUUCUGAUUCUAUCAUUGAUGUGGCUAGACUUGAUGGGGAUGAACCAUCAGAUGACAUUUGCCCGGAUGUGUGUGGAUGUUGUGGCUACAGCGGUUCUGACUCUGAUGCGGGUUGUGAAGACUUUUACCGAGAUUAUUACUCUCUGUGAUUUAUGAUGAUGCCCCCCCAGCAAGUUAUCACCUUUAUUUCAUCUAUUUUAGGGUACUAACUUAUGUCCGCAUCUUUUAUUUUCUCGGUCAAAUAUAUUCCCGUUUGACCAUGCUGUUUUGAAUUUGGAUUGAUUUAUAACAGAAUGUCAUAUAAGAAUGUUACGGAGUAUUUGUUAAAAUUACUUAUGGGGUGUUUUUCUUUAAUGUUUUUUUAUUAAUAAAAUACGUUGUACAUUUU